UCUUCUAAUCACCGCAAAAGAAGAAGAGAUGCAACCCCCACUACUCCCACUGCCUCGAGGAACAGUGGCUUGAUUUCACUUCCUCCAGACUCUAUGUUUGAUUCGCCUAGGAUAGAAUCGGAUGACGAUGAUAUUCAAGAAGAAGACUUUAUACAAAAUGAUGAAUUAUCUUUAGAUAUAGAAACUCGUCGCCGUGUCGACGCUGAAUUGAAUCAACGUGAUGUCGAAAGAGCAAGACAAGCUGGUCGAAUGCCUUUUGUGCUUGAUGAUGGUACGGAAAUUUCCGAACAAGAUUUAGCGCAUCCAAAGACAUCUACAAUCCUCGAAUGGCUCUUAUUGCCGAAUAUCCGCAAAACGGUCGAACGCAUCUUUCGGAGAUUCUUGUACAAGUUCAGUGAGGGUGAGGGUGGUUCAGCAUCAUAUUAUGGAGACCGUAUUUAUGAGAUGGCUAUAGCCAAUAAUCAAACGCUUGAAAUUAGCUAUAUUCAUAUCUCUGAAUUCACCGGAAUAUUGGCACUAUAUCUCAUCAAUUGUCCUUCAGAGAUGCUAAAAAUAUUCGAAGACAUCGCUCAUAAAGUCACCUUGCGAAAAUUCGAAGCCUUUAGCUCGAUUCAUGAAGAAGUACAUGUUCGAAUAACUGAACUGCCAACCUAUGGUACUCUCCGGGAUUUACGACAAGAAAAUCUUAAUACAUUGGUGCGCGUAUCUGGUGUCGUAACUCGUCGAACUGGAGUGUUUCCCCAAUUGAAAUGUGUUCGCUUCAACUGUUCUAAGUGCGGAAAUGUCUUGGGCCCAUUUACUCAAGAUGCUCAAAGUGAAGUAAAAGUUAACUUUUGCAGCAGCUGCCAAUCAAGAGGGCCAUUUACUUUGAACUCCGAGCAGACUAUAUAUCGGAACUAUCAAAGAAUUACUCUCCAAGAAAGUCCGGGAACGGUACCUGCAGGACGUUUACCGCGACAUCGAGAAGUUAUUUUGUUGUGGGACUUGAUUGACACCGUUAAACCAGGCGAAGAAAUUGAAGUUACUGGUAUUUAUCGAAAUAAUUAUGACGCUUCCUUAAACACAAAGUCUGGCUUUCCGGUAUUCGCCACUGUAAUUGAGGCCAAUUAUAUAAGUAAGAAGGAAGACUUAUACUCUGGUUUCCGUCUUACUGAAGAUGACAAAAAAACAAUUCAGGAACUUGCUCACGACAAAAAUGUUGCAAAACGGAUUAUAAAAAGCAUUGCUCCCUCAAUUUUCGGGCAUGACGACAUUAAAACGGCAAUCGCGCUCUCAUUGUUUGGAGGGGUGCCUAAAAAUGUCGGUGGGAAGCACAGACUACGCGGUGAUAUUAAUAUUCUUAUGCUUGGAGACCCGGGUACUGCUAAAUCCCAAUUCUUAAAAUACGUGGAGAAAACUGCACAUCGUGCUGUCUUCACUACUGGUCAAGGUGCAUCGGCAGUAGGAUUAACUGCAUCUGUAAGAAAAGAUACAGUUACCCGAGAAUGGACCUUGGAAGGUGGUGCUUUGGUGCUUGCUGACAAGGGUGUAUGUUUAAUUGACGAAUUUGAUAAAAUGAAUGAUUCUGACAGAACGAGUAUUCACGAGGCAAUGGAGCAACAAAGUAUAUCUAUCUCUAAAGCUGGGAUUGUCACUACACUUCAAGCCCGAUGUGCAGUAAUAGCAGCCGCUAAUCCUAUUCGAGGCCGAUAUAAUUCAUCGGUGCCGUUUUCCCAAAAUGUUGACUUGACCGAACCCAUAUUGUCCCGUUUCGAUGUGCUCUGUGUUGUCAGAGAUAUAGUUGAUCCGAUAAGUGACGAGAACCUCGCAGACUUUGUAGUGAAAAGUCAUAUGCGAAGUCAUCCAAAAUUUGUUAAUUCUAAUGAAGAUAAUUUCGUAACUAGCAUUAAUGAAGACUAUUCUUCUGACCCGAAUAUUCAACUUAUUGAUCAAGAUAUUUUGCGCAAGUACAUUAUAUAUGCGAAGCAAACGGACCCAAGAUUGCAUCAACUUGACUAUGAUAAACUUUCGCAACUAUAUUCUGACUUGCGUCACGAGGCUGGUGAUAGCAUUCCAAUUACUGUCCGUCAUCUAGAAUCUAUGCUUCGAUUGGCGGAAGCACAUGCCAGAAUGCAUCUUCGUGACAGCACUGACUCAUCUGACGUUGACGUAGCCGUUGAUGUCGUCCUGAAAAGCUUUUUUGCUUCUCAAAAGUUUUCAAUUAGGAAUCGACUUCAAAGGACCUUUGCUAAAUAUAUGCGUAAGGCUCUUGAACCCAGCGAAUUACUAUUUAGUAUAUUGAAUAGCAUGUUGAAAGAAAAGAUGCAAAAUUCUGCUAAUACCCGAUCCAGAAUUGAGAUUCCGGUUGCUGAACUACAAAAAAAG